AUGGCUUUUUCGAUGCGCCAGCCGUUCAGGCUCACCUCUGCUCUGAUGGGAGCUUCAAAGACAGCGUUCAGGUCCCCUGCGAUCCGAUCAUUCCACAGCAAACCCGCCACCAACUUCUUUACUUCACGGACCACCACACCCAUUAACGCUCUCGCGAAAGCUCGCAAUGCCUUCCGACAGUCAAGAAACUAUCAGCAACCUGCUGCGGCAGCUCCAAGCGGUGGAAAUUUGGUUCAAAAGCUUGUCGUUGGAGGGGCAUUGUUUGGAGGAACCCUUGUCGCAAUAAAUCUAGUCUUCAACCGGGAAACUCGAGAAGAUGGAGGAAUGCCACCAUAUGAGCGGGCCUACCUGAACGACACUUUCAUGCACACUGGUCUGGGAAUUGGUAUCAUCGGACUUUCUGCUCGAACUAUGUUUCAAAGCGGGUUCAUGUAUCGAAUGAUGGCGACAAACCCAUGGAUUGUAAUGAUCGGUGGUCUUGGAUUGAGUAUUGGUACAAUGAUGGCAACUAGAGCUACGAGCCUGGACAACUACGUUCAGAAAUACGCUUUCUGGGGAGCUUUCAACGCCACCCAGGGCGCCCUCCUUGCGCCUCUCCUCUUCAUGGCUCCUCCCGCCCUCAUCGCACGCGCCGGUCUCUACACGUUGGCAAUGAUGGGUUCCAUCUCCUUUGUUGGGGCUACUGCUAAGCAAGAGAAAUACCUUUACCUCGGCGGGCCUCUGCUUGCAGGAGUUGCACUCGUCGCUGUCUCUGGAUUCGCUCCACUUGUCCUUCCCGCCACCGCUGUACGAACACUAGCUGUUACCGAGAAUAUCUGGCUUUGGGGAGGUUUGGCAGUCUUCGGAGGCUUCACUCUUUAUGAUGUCCAGAAGGUGCUCAUGCAUGCUCGGUUGGCUGAGCGAGGCAUUAUUCAGAAGGACGCAGUGAACGAGAGUAUUAGCUUGGAGUUGGACUUCCUGAACAUCUUCAUCCGGAUGGUUCAAAUCUUGAUGAUGCAGCAAGGUCGGAGGAAGUAG